UGAGGGCCACAGGCUGCAGAUGAAGCAUGGCAGGCGACAGCGAGACAAAGCCAGGUGACCAAGCCGAACAGGAGAGCGGCCACCGGCAGCCUUUCCUCAUCGGCGUCGCUGGAGGAACAGCCAGCGGCAAGUCGUCGGUGUGCAGUAAAAUCAUGGAGCUGCUGGGCCAGAACGAGAUCGACCACCACCAGCGGCAGGUCGCCAUCCUCAGCCAAGACAGCUUUUACAGGGUCCUCACCCCGGAGCAGAAGGCCAAAGCGCUCAAGGGCCAGUUCAACUUCGACCACCCAGAUGCAUUUGACAAUGACCUCAUAAUCGCAACUUUGUGGGACAUCAAGGGAGGAAAAACUGUACACAUCCCUGUUUAUGACUUUGUUUCCCAUUCCAGGAAGGAAGAGACGGUGACGGUGUACCCGGCUGAUGUGGUGCUGUUUGAGGGCAUCCUGAUGUUCUACUCUCAGGAGAUCCGAGACCUUUUCCAAAUGAAGCUGUUUGUGGACACAGACGCAGACACACGUCUGUCUCGAAGAGUGCUGCGGGAUAUAAGUGAACGUGGACGCGACUUGGAAAGUGUUCUAGCACAGUACAUAACUUUUGUCAAGCCUGCGUUUGAAGAGUUCUGCCUCCCAACGAAGAAAUAUGCUGAUGUGAUCAUACCAAGAGGAGUGGACAAUCUUGUUGCCAUAAAUCUCAUCGUUCAGCACAUCCAGGAUAUUCUAAACGGUGGUUUGAACAAGCGGCUGAACUGCUGGUUUAACGGUUACGGAACAACAAAGAAACAGCCGAACAUGGAGUCCAGCAGUCGACCACACUGAGUGCAGCGCUCCAUGAAGAGAGGACGGAGGGUUCACCCGUAUGUGCCCAAUAUGGAGUAAUUACCAGGGAAUCAAAGGGCCUCUUUUUGAUAUGAUUCUGUUUUGAAGUGAGGAAAAGGAGAAAGAAGGGAAACCUGGUUUAACCCUUUGGAGUUUGGGGCUAUUUUGUCGGUUUUGGACUUCUUUACCAUGACGUGUUGGUAUCAUUGUUUUCAGCACAACCUCACCUAUAUGACCUGAUUAUAAUUUUUUUCAUUUUGACUUACUGGAUCAACAUUUUAAACACAAAAAACACACAAAAAUAAUUACAAAAAACACACAUAAAACACACAAAUAAUUAAAAAAAACACACAUAAAACACAAAAUUUGCAAAAAACACAAAAAUAAUUCCACAAAACACAAAAA